UGUCAUUUGUGUCGCGUUGAUGUCUCCUUCACACCAGUGCCUGUGGGAACAUGUUGCUGUCCUGUUGGAAACUUGGAAUUUCACUUGCUGCUAUGGUCACAAGAGAGGCCCUAUGAGAGAGAGGGUAAAACGAACGCAGAAGCAGCACAAUGACAUCGGCCACAGAUUUUGAUAACGUGGAGAUUCAGCAGCAGUACAGCCACAUCAAUGCUCGUUGGGAGCUCUCAGACGAAGGUGAACUCGAUAACGACAACAGCUCAGCAAGGUUGUUCGAGCGUUCCAGGAUCAAAGCUCUUUCAGAUGAGCGUGAAGUUGUGCAGAAGAAAACCUUUACGAAAUGGGUGAACUCUCACUUGGCACGUGUAACCUGCCGCAUUACAGAUCUAUACACUGACCUCCGAGAUGGCCGUAUGCUGAUUAAGCUGCUGGAAAUUCUCUCAGGAGAGCACCUGCCAAAGCCAACCAAAGGUCGGAUGCGGAUACACUGCUUGGAAAAUGUGGACAAAGCUCUUCAGUUCCUGAAAGAACAGAAAGUGCACCUGGAAAACAUGGGGUCACAUGAUAUUGUUGAUGGGAGCCACAGGCUUACACUUGGUCUCAUCUGGACCAUCAUCCUUCGUUUCCAGAUCCAGGAUAUCACCGUAGAGACGCACGACAACCGUGAAACACGUUCAGCAAAGGACGCCCUCCUACUUUGGUGCCAGAUGAAAACAGCAGGGUAUUCCAAUGUCAACAUAAGAAACUUCACGUCAAGUUGGAAGGAUGGAAUGGCAUUUAAUGCCCUUAUCCACAAGCACAGGCCUGAUCUGGUUGAUUUUAAUAAACUGAAGCAGUCUAAUGCUACGUACAACUUACAACAGGCCUUUAACAUUGCCGAACAACAGCUAGGUGUGACCAAGCUGCUUGAUCCUGAGGAUGUUUUUACGGAGAAUCCAGAUGAGAAGUCAAUUAUUACCUACGUUGUGGCAUUUUACCAUUACUUCUCUAAGAUGAAAGCGUUAGCUGUGGAGGGAAAAAGGAUUGGAAAGGUGUUGGACAACGCAAUUGAAACGCAGAAAAUGAUCGACAAAUAUGAACAGCUAGCAUCUGACUUGCUAAUCUGGAUUGAGCAAACCAUCGUUGUCCUCAACAGUCGGAAGUUUGCCAACUCAUUGGCUGGAGUGCAACAACAGCUACAGGCCUUCAACACUUACCGCACAGUGGAGAAACCUUCCAAGUUCCAGGAGAAGGGUAAUCUUGAGGUGCUGCUGUUCUCCAUCCAGAGCAGGAUGAGGGCAAACAAUCAGAAAGUGUAUACACCGCAUGAAGGCAAGCUCAUCUCCGAUAUUAACAGGGGCUGGGAAAGGCUGGAAAAAGCAGAGCAUGAACGUGAGUUGGCCCUUAGAAAUGAACUAAUCAGACAGGAGAAACUGGAGCAGCUGGCUCGCCGUUUUGACCGCAAGGCACUUAUGAGAGAGACAUGGCUGUGUGAAAAUCAACGGCUUGUUUCGCAGGAUAAUUUUGGCUAUGACCUGCCUGCUGUGGAAGCAGCUAUGAAGAAGCAUGAGGCAAUUGAAGCAGAUAUUGCUGCUUACGAGGAACGUGUGCAGACUCUUGUGGAUGUAUCACUGGAACUGGAGGCUGAAAAUUACCAUGAUAUUAAACGUAUUAACGCCAGAAAGGACAACAUCAUGCGGCUGUGGGAGUACCUGUUAGAGCUGCUUAAUGCUAGACGAGCAAGACUGGAAAUGAACUUGGCCCUUCAGAAGAUUUUCCAGGAGAUGCUCCACAUCAUUGAUUGGAUGGAUGAAAUGAAGGUACAACUGCUAUCACAAGAUUUCGGUAAACAUUUAAUGGGUGUGGAGGACCUGCUCCAGAAACAUACACUGGUGGAAGCUGACAUUGCGAUUCAAGCAGAUAGACUGAAGUUGGUUAAUGCAGGAGCGCUCAAGUUUGCUGAAGGCGAAGGUUAUACGCCUUGCGACCCCAAUGUGAUAAAAGAUCGCGUCAACCACCUGGAACUGUGUUACGAGGAGCUUUGUGUAUUGGCGGCUGAGCGGAAGGCUCGCCUGGAGCAGUCCCGUUGUCUCUGGAGGUUCUUCUGGGAGAUGGCCGAAACUGAGGGCUGGAUUCGGGAAAGAGAGCAGAUCUUCUCUUCACAGGAUUACGGAAAAGAUAUCACCAGUAUUGUGAUUCUGCAAAGCAAGCAUAAGGCACUGGAGGAUGAGUUGGGUGGCCUCAGUACUCACCUGCAGCAAACAAUUAAAGAAGGCAGAGACAUGAUUGCACAGAAACACUUUGCUUCACCCGAGAUCAAGAAACGAAUAGAGGAGGUCCUUGCAAUGUGGAAGGAUUUGGAGGAGCUGGCUGCUUUCCGCAAGCAGAAUCUUCAGGAUGCACAGAAUUUCUUCCAAUUCCAGGUGGACGCAGAUGAUGUCAAAACUUGGCUGCAAGACACCUAUCGCAUUUUGUCUUCCGAUGAUGUCGGUCACGACGAAUUUUCCACGCAGACGCUGGUGAAGAAACAUAGAGACCUUACAGAUGAGAUUAUGAAGUCCGGGACAGCUAUUGACGCUCUGAAUAAACAGUUACAGAGCCUUCCAGAGGAGUUCAGGAAAUUACCAGAAAUAAAGGACCGACGGUGGGAGAUAAAGGAGCUGUAUGCAGAUCUCGUAGCUCUAGCAGAUCUGCGGAGGCAGCGUCUGCAGGAUGCCCUUGCUCUCUACAUAAUGUUUCGUGAAGCUGAUGCUUGUGAAUUAUGGAUGAAUGAGAAGGAGAAGUGGCUGGAAGGAAUAGAGAUUCCAAAGAAGCUUGAUGACCUGGAAGUAGUGGAGCACAGGUUUGAAACCCUGGUACAGGAAAUGAACAAUUUGGGAUCUCGGAUCACUGAAGUAAACCAAACAGCGAACCACUUGGUAGAGAGUGGGCACCCGAGUACGCAAGAGGUGAAAGAAUGUCAGGAUCGUGUGAACCUCAGAUGGUUGCAGUUUCAGAAGUUGGCAGAGAUGAAAAAGAAUGAUGUUCACUCUGCAUUAAGCCUUCAGAACUAUUGUCUUGAGUGCGACGAAACCAAAGUCUGGAUCCGUGAGAAAACCAAACUCAUCGAAUCAACUCAGAGCUUGGAGAAAGACUUGGCUGGUGUCCUGGCCAUUCAAAGAAAGUUGUGUGGAAUUGAGAGGGAUCUAGCUGCCAUUGAGUCAAGACUUCCAGAGUUGCAGAAGGAGGCCCACGCAUUGGCAGAUCAGCAUCCUCAUCAUGCUGUAGAUAUCUUGAAAAGGCUUAAGGAAAUCAAUGAUGUUUGGGAUGAACUGAAACACACUCUUCAAGGUUGCGAGGAGUCACUUGGUGAGGCCAGCAAACUGCAAAAAUUCCUACAGGAUUUAGAUGACUUCCAGUUGUGGCUAUCCAAAUCACAAAAAGCUAUCGCUUCUGAAGAUGUGCCCAACUCUUUGCCCGAAGCUGAAACUCUCCUCAGACAACAUAAUGCCAUCAAAAAUGAGAUAGAUCGCAAUUUGGAAGAUUACCACAAGAUAAAGGAGAAUGGGAAAAUGAUAACCGAGGGAGAAACAGACCCGCAAUUUCAAAUAUUAAAGCAGCGUUUGGAAGGAGUGGACACUGGUUGGAAUGAGCUUCUUCAGAUGUGGGAAAACAGAAAAGAUCUUCUCUCUCAGUGUCAUGGGUAUCAGCAGUUCCUCCGAGACAGCAAGCAAGCAGAUAGUAUGCUUCGCAAUCAGGAAUACAGUUUAGCACACGUUGAAAUGCCAAAGACUCUGGAAGCUGCAGAAGGUGCAAUGAAGAAACAUGAAGAGUUUGUAACAACCAUGGAUGCUAACAGGGACAAAAUCAUUGGGACAAUUAAUGGAGGAGAAAAGUUGAUUAAUGAGGACAAUAAUUUUAAAGUCAAAGUGGUUGACAAGGUCAAAUCUAUCAAGGAAAGGUACCAAGGGAAUAUGAAACAGGCAAAAGAGGUGGCGGCGCAUCUGAAAGACAACCGUGAUCUUCAACAUUUUCUUCAGAAUUGCCAAGAGCUUAUUUUCUGGAUCAAUGAGAAGAUGCUAACUGCUCAGGACACCUCUUACGAUGAGGCUCGCAACUUACACACAAAGUGGCAGAAGCACCAAGCAUUUAUGGCUGAGCUGGCAUCAAACAAAGAGUGGCUGGACAAAGUUGAAAAGGAAGGGAAGCAGCUGAUGGAGGAGAAGCCAGAGUUUAAGCCGCAAAUCUCGGACAAACUGCAAGAAUUGACUGAUUUGUGGAAUGUUCUGGAUGUCACCACGGAGAGUAAGGCAAAGCGCCUAUUUGAUGCAAACCGCUCGGAACUGUUUGCACAGACUGGUGAUGACUUAAACAAGUGGUUGACUGAGGUAGAGUUACAGCUGCACUCUGACGACUUUGGAAAGGACCUGACCAGUGUCAAUAUCCUGCUGAAAAAACUACAGAUAUUAGAAAAUCAAGUGGACGUGCGACAGAAAGAGGUGGAGGAGCUCCUUUCUCAGACCAAAAUUCUCUCCCAAGAGGGACCGGUGGAGACAGAUGGGAAAGAACAAGAUAUUGAAAGAAGAUUCUUAAAGCUGAUGGGUCCUCUACAGGAACGGCGCCAAAAACUCCUCCUGUCGAAGAUGACCUACCAGUUUUACCGGGAUCUGGAGGAUGAGAUUCUUUGGGUGCAAGAACGAAUGCCCUUAGCUACAAGUACAGACCAUGGCCAUAACCUCCAGACUGUACACCUCUUAAUGAAGAAGAAUAAGACUUUUCAGAAGGAGAUACAGGGACAUCAGCCACGUAUUGAUGAUGUGUUGGAAAGAGGAGCGACCAUGGUUGUGGAACAAAGGCCUGACUCAGUUACUAUCGAGGAACAGUUGAAAGAGUUAAAGGAAUUAUGGAACAACCUGCAGAAAGAAACAGACAACAGACAAAAACGUCUGGAAGGUGCAAAUGAAGCCCAGCAAUAUUACCUGGAUGCUGCAGAGGCUGAAGUUUGGAUGAGUGAGCAAGAGCUGUACAUGAUUGCUGAUGAGAAAGCCAAGGAUGAGGCUGGCGCAACUACAAUGUUGAAGAAACACCUAAUCCUGCAACAGGUUGUACUUGAUUACGGGAAUAUUAUCCAGGAGCUGGCAGACAGGGCGCAGAAACUUCUUACUGAAGAGCACCCUGAGGGUGAGCAGAUCAUUAGGCGCCAAGGGCAGGUGGACAAGCUGUAUGCAGGACUCAAAGACCUAGCAAAUGAGAGGAAGAAGAAGUUAGAGGAUAUAUACCAUCUCUUCCAAUUGAACCGUGAGGUAAUGGACCUGGAGCAGUGGAUUGCAGAAAGGGACCUUGCAGCAUCUUCGCAGGAACUAGGACAAGACUACGAUCAAGUUACAUUACUGAGAGAGAAGUUCCGUGAGUUUGCCCGGGAGACAGGAACGAUUGGUCAGGAAAGAGUGGACAGUGUGAAUGUGCUGAUAGAUGACCUCAUUGACUCGGGUCUUGCAACCGUUUGCUGCCAGCGAUCAGUUGGUUCAAUGACAGAAGAAUUUUUGGGAUUUGGUGGCUUUUCUGUCAAUGUUACAAAGGACAAGUAG